AUGUUGAGGGUUCCGCCACGUCCUCCACAACUCUUUAUGACGAGAUAUUCGAUGAGUACGGAUCCGCUGCUACCUCGGGUUCCGAAUCCGGUGCCACCUCGCAUUGUUUUCGUCGACAUCGUGUCGGAACAAAUGGUCAAAGGCCCACUCGUCAACCCAGUGACUGAAGGUCUAUGCUUGACUGCAGCACAGAAAUCGUGA